AUGGAUGCUUCCAUCGACGACCUCCAGUUUUACAGGUCGGCGUUAUCAGCGCAAGAUGUAAACGACGUCUACGCUGCGACGCCGGCGCCAACGCCGGCGCCAACGCAGGCGGUGACUCCACCGACCUCGGCGACGGCAACUGGUGAUCCGCACCUGCAAAACAUCCACGGUGAACGGUUCGAUCUGAUGACGCCAGGUAAGGUUACAUUGGUCAACAUUCCGCGUGGUAAGCGCGUCGAGGACGCGCUGCUUGCGAUAGAAGCAGACGCGCGUCGCCUGGGUGGACAUUGUGCCGACACGUAUUUCCAGGAAGUGAACAUCACAGGGGUUUGGCCGGACAAGCUGAAGGCUGGGGGUUUCACCUUCAACGCCGAAGGCUUUCAGAGACACAAGGUGCAGAAAUGGACGAAAUUCGGGCCGCUGGAGGUCAAGGUCGUCCACGGGCGCACGGAGACAGGGAUCCAGUACUUGAACGUCCUCGUCAAGCACCUUGGGCAUGCGGGCUUUGCCGUCGGAGGGCUGCUGGGAGAAGAUGAUCACACGGAUGUCGGGGGAGCGCAAGACCCGAGUAAGCCGGAACUCGGGUUAGCCGACGUUUUUUUGACGAGCGUGUCCUGGAUUUUGACGGUCCGGUCUUCGUGGGAUGUCUGCAGCGGGAGCUCGCGUCAAAUUUCAGAUUGGGCCUCGGCAUUUUUAUGA